AUGGCAGAUCGCGGCAGAGGUAAUCGUGGCCGUGGAGACCGUGGUGGAGGACGAGGUGGCCCUCGUGGCGGACGUGGUGGUGGUGGGAGUGCCACCUUUUCUGGAUUUGACCAGGGAGGCGGACGCGGCGGCGGACGUGGCGGCGGUGAUUAUCGCGGAGGUAGAGGAGGAGACUUCCGCGGAGAUCGCGGUGGCGGACGAGGCGGAGGAGACUUUCGUGGUGGUGGACGAGGUGGCGGUGAUUUCCGUGGCGGCCGAGGAGGACGAGGUGGCCGAGGCGGUCGAGGCGGAUUUGUUGGUGAGAACGAAGUGUACAAGUCGAAUGGAGCACCUCGCCCAGACGAUAGCAUUACUAUGCUUGAGAACAAGAUUCUCAAUGACUUCGGGAUGGCGGCCAAAAUGUCAGCCUUGAAGUUAUCGUCUAGCAAGAGCAAAAAGCCUUCUGCAGAAGAAUGGAUGCCUCUCCGGCCGGCUUUUGGUACGAAGGGCACAGAAGUUACUCUUUGGGCCAACUAUUUCGCAUUGGACGUCAAGCAGACGCCGUCACUAUAUAAAUACACCCUGGAAGUGACGUUAGAUAAGGAAAGUAGUCUCAAGAAGGACGAGGGCUCAUCAGAAGCAAAACCAGGCGCGAAGAAAUCUGAUAAGAAGGGUGACGUCCCAAUGGAAGCGAAAGGGAUGAAGCUUCAAGCUAUCGUCAAGAUCGCUCUUGGUCAGAUCGCUAAAGGAAUUCCUUAUGCGACCGAGUUCAAGAGCCAAGUUGUUACACUCAAACCGCUGCAACUACCCAAGGAUCAAGUAGUCAAGGUUCCUUAUACCGAUGAAGGCAAGAAUGAUGUUUACGACGUCAAGUUUUCUAGUGCACCCGACAUUGACAUGGACAAGCUGAGAGCGUAUGCCCAAUCCAUGCAGGAUCCUACUGGAGAUACAUCGUUCCCGAAAUUUAUAGAGGCCAUCGAUGCAAUCAGCAUAAUCACUGGAUACCGAGCUCGCUCCAACGAUCAAAUUGCGUCUGUAGGCCGAAGCCGACAUUUCCCCCUUGAUAUCCCCUCGGAAAUUAACCAGUUGGGCUACCCAGACAACAACACGGUCAUUCGUGGAUACUUCCAAAGUGCUCGACUAACCACGGGCCGUAUCCUACUAAAUGCCAAUGUGUCCCAUGGCGUAUUCCGUACGAGUGGAAACGUGGCUGCUUUGAUGAAAAGUUAUGGUACUAAUGCUCCACACCAGCUCAACAAGUUCUUAGCAGGUCUACGUUGCAACUGUAGAAUUCUCGCUGAAAAAACAGUUCCGGGCUCGAAAGGGGGUCAGAAAUCAGGGGAAAAAAUAAUAAAGAAGCAGAUCGCUGGCAUUGCUAUGCCUAACGAUGGCAAGGGUCAGAAAAAGCAGCCGCUGGUGAAGCGCGCUGGUGGCGGCCCUACGGAGGUCUCCUUUUUCCUCUCAGGUUCUGUUCCACCGGGUCUGAAGGAAGAUGCUUACUGCACAGUCGCAGAUUAUUAUCUCAAAAAAUAUGGCUACAAAGUAGACCCCAACCUGCCUGUCGUCAGAUUUGGCACAGUAAGACCAAUCUACAUGCCGGCGGAGUUGCUCGAAGUUAUACCGGGACAACCUCUCAAGCGCAAAACAACAGGUGACGAGACAGCGCAGAUGAUCUUGUUUGCUUGUCGGUCGCCCUGGGCCAAUGCGACGUCGAUCAUGAAUGAGGGUCGUAAGUGCCUAGGACUAGAUGGCAACAAGGCGCUUACGGAUUUCAAAGUUAACGCUGGUAAGGAGCUGCUGGCGGUGAAGGGACGCGAGCUAACACCGCCUAUUAUUGCCUAUCUGAACCUCCAGAACAGGCCGCAAAAUGCCUUCGUUAAUGACGGCAGUUGGAAUAUGCAAAAUGUGAAAGUCGUCAAACCCGGUCGACCAAUUGCCAGGUGGACGUGGAUUAAUGUCGACUACUUCCAGAAUAACACUCCGGAAGACCUUCGCGAUGCCAUGAAAGCCUUUAUUCAGUUCAUGAUAAAGACGGGUAUCAGCAUAGCCGGUGCUCCAAUGCCGUCGGCGAACAAUACAGUUCACUGCUCGAGAAACGAGCCUCCUAUUGUUCGCCUGAGGGAGAGGUUUACCCAAUUCCAAAACAAUCCCCCCCAAUUCGUGUUCGUCGUCCUUCCUGGCAAGAAGACCGACAAAGACAUAUACAAGGUCGUAAAGCUGCUGGGCGAUGUUGAAUUCGGAUACCACACCGUGUGCGUGCUUCGAUCCAACAUUAUUAAGUGUAGCCCGCAAUAUUUUGCGAACGUCGGUCUGAAGGUCAACUUGAAGAUGGGCGGCAUUAACCACAAGUUGAAGGAUGAUGUCCCCAUCAUUAAAGAGGGUAAGACAAUGGUUCUAGGGUACGACGUUACCCAUCCGACGAACCUCGCAGGCGGCUCAGGUGGUCUUCCGAGCUUGGUUGGAAUGGUAUCGAGCAUAGACCGGGAUCUAGGCCAGUGGCCUGCUGCGGCUUGGUCUCAGACAGGAAAGGUCGAGAUGCUGAACGAAACCUUGAAGGAGAAGUUUGCUUCGCGUCUGGAUCUAUGGAGGUCUCACAACAACAAGGCCUUGCCGCAGAACAUUAUCAUAUUCCGAGAUGGUGUGUCCGAAGGCCAGUUCACACAGGUCUUGGAUAAGGAGCUUCCGUACAUCCGACAGGCUUGCGCGCAAAAAUACCCAGCAAACCAGCAACCUAAGAUCUCUAUUGUAGUAUCAGUGAAGAGACACCACACGCGUUUCUACCCUACAGAUCCCGCGCAUAUGACAAGAUCUCGAAACAUCAAGAGCGGGACGGUGGUAGACCGAGGAGUUACUCAGGCUACAGUAUGGGAUUUCUUCCUAACCGCCCACCAGGCCCUACAAGGCACAGCCAGGCCAGCUCAUUACACUGUCCUACUAGACGAAGUCUUCCGCCCGACCCUCGGAUCGGAAGCAGCUAAUGGUCUCGAGGCCUUGACGCACGAGAUGUGCUACCUCUUCGGCCGAGCAACCAAGGCCGUCAGCAUCUGUCCGCCAGCAUACUAUGCCGACAUCGUGUGUACUCGACAACGAUUAUACCUCGAUGAUUACUUCGAGCGCGCUGAGACGCAGUCCACGUCUAGCACCCAGACCACAGUGGUAGCCCCAGAUAUCCACCGGAACUUAGAACACACUAUGUACUACAUUUAA